AUGGACUUUAUUACACAAGUAUUAUUACGCAUGAACAAGACAAAUUCAACUCAUUCAGGUGUAAAUAUCACCAAUUACGUAGUUCGUAGUAGAAGAGAAGCUCCAUCCCUUGACUUGGUUCGAGUCAAAAUACAGGGAUUUGUAUUUGAUGUGAAAAGUUCCCGACGAGAUGGGAAAACUAGUGCGGCACAGCAUUUGCGCCAGUUGAUGAAACCGUUUCAACACUUGCUGCUCGAUCCCCAAUAUACGGAACACACGAUUACCACAUACAAUCCGUUUGUCAUGCAACGUCAACUGGAUGAAUCGCAGUUGGCUAUCCGCUUAGAACCAUUGACGUGGCACGUAAGUCACGCAUUGGUCGAUUUUAUGCACGCUUACAACUGGAACUUGGUUAUACUCGUGUACAAUACAAUGGUUCCUGGAUCAACGGUUCUUGUAGAAGAAAUGAGGAAACGACGCCAGGAAAGGCAGGCACAAGAUCAUUCGGAAAUGUUUGAAUACGACCUGAACACACUGUUGUACAUCGCGGACAGUCUCGAUAACACGGAACACUCGCAUUUGAAAGCUUUAUUCGAUGAAGGUUACGUGUGGAUUUUCACCCCAUCCACAAUGAGCUCGUUGACCGUGGCCGAUAAUCAGGAUAAGGCAUCAGCUGAUAACAAUGUGUUACAAGAAUUCACCAUGUUUCGUCGUAUCCCGGGAAUGUUUGGUUUGGUCUGUUUGAACGAUUUGGAACGUCGCAAACAGAGUGCUGAACUGGCCAGGGAAAUUUGGCAAAAGUCCAUGAUCGAACUGGUCUAUCAGUUGACACAAAUUUACCCACCGGAAACGCCAGUUCAAACGAACACAUUAAAUGCAGCAACACUGGCCUAUUUUAGGCAAAUUUUGGAAAAACUGCGACCUGACCGGUUGUGUCACGAUUCUGAACAUCUCACUUGGCAAUGGGGACGGAGAAUGUACGAUAUAAUGCGCUCCCUGACGUUCACAUUCAACAAUGAAACAAUCAGUUUUCUGCCAAACGGUGGUCUCAACACUUCCGAGUUGUAUGUUUACAAUUCACAGAUUUCAAACGGACAAAUGAAGUGGCACAAAGUUGGAACGUGGUCUAUGAAAAGCAAAUGGCAUCGUAGCAAGUCUCGUUUGCGUAUCGACGGAGUUACUUGGCCCGGUGGUGCAAAUUCACCGCCCAAAGGUCGUCCUAGUAAAUUCAAACUGCGCGUUGUGACGAUCAAAGAAAGACCAUUUGUCAUUUAUAAUCGACAGCAGGACGAUGGAACGUGCGACGCAAACUCUCUACCAUGCAGACUUCGAGCUCAAUCAAUCGCCCACAUGGACCCACCAAAACAAGAAACCGGGUCACUCCGUACCAUCGGUGGCGGUCGUAUUCUGCACCCGGACUUCGAGGACGAAUUGAGUGAUGACAGCCUCAGACAAUUCGGCUCGACAAAAGCUGUGGAUUCAAAUGGAACCGGUUUGACUGAAAACAGAACACAGUAUGUCAACGGUUGUUGCACCGGACUGACAAUGGAUCUGCUAAUGGAAUUGAUGAAAGAUUUGAACUUCGACGUGGACCUUUUUGAGGUUCCUGACGGUUUGUGGGGAGCAUGGACUCCGGACGGAUGGAACGGACUCAUUCGUUCCUUGAUGGAUCGAGAAGCAGAUAUGGCAGUGACUUCAUUAAAAAUUACUCCAAAUCGAUCACAACAAGUGGAAUUCAGUGUGCCUUUUCUGGAAACCGGGAUCGCAGUAACUGUUGCCCUGCGAGAGGGAGCAAUCUCUCCCACAGCAUUUCUCAAACCCUAUGACUAUCAGUGCUGGUGUCUAAUCCUGGUGUUCAGUGUACAUGCUAGUGGAGCGGCCCUAUUUCUGUUCGAAUGGCUCAGUCCAAACGGAUUGGAUCGUGGUCGGGCAGAUAUGUCAGGACACCGAUUCUCCCUGUUCCGUUCACUUUGGCUAAUCUGGUCCAUGUUGUUUGGGGCUGCCGUGAAUGCCGAUAAUCCACGUGGAGUGGCCAGUCGCUUUUUGGCCAAUAUUUGGGCUCUGUUUGCUCUGGUCUUCCUCGCCUCGUACACAGCCAAUUUGGCUGCCUUUAUGAUUGCCAAAGAAGACUACUAUGAUUUGAGCGGAAUGAAUGAUUGGCGCGUAAGUUUCCGGUUUUCCGGAUACAAAAUGUUUGCCUUUUGUUCUGUUUUAGAAAUGAAGCACUGUCUCCCCACCCGUUUCGGGAGAAUCCUCCCUCCCUUUAGCUCAUCCUCGUACAUCGCGCACUCAGAUUUUCUGCGGUGUACGUUCUGA